AUGGCGGUGGUUGUUGGUUUUACAAUGAUGGUGGCGGUGUUGGUUGAUGACGUGGGUGGCGGAAAAGUGGCCGGUGGUGGUGAAAAUGCUGCGUCUAGACCCAAUCAAAACAGUUCUAGCGCCGGUGGUGGUUCUGGGUUUGUGACAUCAGCGAAUGCAACACCAAAUUCUAUAUUGAGCGAGAAGGCUUUCAAGGGGCUGGGUGUGUUUGAUGAAGAUGAUUCGGUUUAUGGUAGUGAUAGAGAGUUUGAUGGUGAUGAGUCUGAAACGGAAUUUUCAGUUGAUGGUGUGAAUGAUGGUGGUGGCGGUGGUGAGAAGGGAGUUAGAGGCGGCGGUGGUGGAGUUGGAGGUGGCAGUGGAAUUAGGGUUUGGGUUGGGAAGGAGAUGAGCUUUUAUAGGGUCAAGUUAUAA